GAGAUUCUAGAUACUUUUUUUUAUUCUUUCUUCCUUACUAUAUGUAUCCUUCUCUCCCCCAGUUCCCUUCGCUGUCCACAUUUUCUAUUUUCCCAUUCAUUUGUUGGCGCGAAAGUGAUGAAAGUUGAGAAGGUCGGGAGAGAGAUGUGUAUAGCAAAUGAGAUUACGGUAGACGAGGAGCUAGAGCUGAAGCUGGAGAUGAUCUCUGAGGCUAAGAUUCCGGUCCCCGUUGCAGAGACCGACAGAGAUGGCGAGGAGUUGUUCGUUCCGCCUCUCAAUUUCUCUAUGGUCGAUAAUGGCAUCUUCAGGUCUGGCUUCCCCGAUACGGCCAACUUCUCAUUCUUACAAACCCUUGGACUUCGUUCUAUCAUAUGUCUUUGUCCCGAGCCUUAUCCGGACCCCAAUACCGAGUUUCUCAAGUCAAAUGGGAUUCGGCUUUUUCAGUUCGGGAUCGAAGGAUACAAGGAACCUUUUGUAAAUAUUCCGGAGGAUAUGAUUCGUGAAGCACUCAAAGUUGUCCUUGAUGUUAGGAACCACCCAAUUUUAAUCCAUUGCAAGCGGGGAAAGCAUCGAACUGGUUGUCUGGUGGGGUGCUUGAGAAAAUUGCAACGAUGGUGCCUUUCUUCAGUCUUUGAUGAGUACCAGCGAUUUGCUGCUGCCAAAGCUAGGGUUUCAGAUCAGAGGUUUAUGGAGUUGUUCGAUGAUUCCAGCUUGAAGCACCUGCCUUCGACAUUCUCAUGUUCCAACUCAAAGUCCGAAGGCUUUACUUCCCAGGGAAGAGGAUGGAAAUCUUAUCCAAAAUAUUAAUGGAUUAUGAUGAUCUUGAAGAUGGGUUUAGCAGGAAAUGAAUAAGACAAUCCGUUUUUUUCAAUGCGGAUGGUAAGAAGCAUUGUUUUACAGGCUUUUUCCUGUUUGUUUGUUAACAAUCUGUAGGAACACUGUUGUAGGGUAUUCUCUUCUCAUAUGUGUUGGAUUUAUGUAGGUUUAAUCAAACUUCUCUUGUAAUCAGUCAUUUGUUUUAAGUUCUAGACUUUAGUAAUUUGUAAAUCAAUCUGUAGCCUUGGUUCAACAAUGAUGUAACGAGGCAAUUGAUUGAAAGUUUCAAUAUUAUGAGGGGAUUUAAUGGAAAGAGGUUGAAAUUAUUAGAA